UUGUCAUUCAAACCUGUGUACAGCUGAGCUGACCAUGGAUGUAUUAAAUUUCAAUUUCUUCCUGUGCGGUUAGAAGUCAACGAGGUUGACAAUUAAGUUGUCAAUUUCGUUCAUGGCAGAUCUCCUCCACUAUAAAUAAAACAAGUGUCAUUGGGCUCUAGUGUUAUCCUUAUCUUGAUUGUUCUAAGGCAUCAUCAUUUAAUGCUGGCCUUGGGAAUGAGCUUUUCAAGCAUCGAUUCAUUCAUUUGUUGAGAUUUUCUUUUUCUAGGCCUGGAUUUCGUGAGCUGCCGUGGUUUUUGAGAUUUGGGUGUCAGCCAUGGAUUCAGAAAGUUGCGAACUUGAAAGCAGUGGGAAGAGAAGCUGGUCGGAUUCGAAUUGUUGCAGCUUUCCUCCAGCCAAGAGAUUCAACAAAAAUAGUUUUUUUUGCUCACAAGAAAGCGAAGAGGAUGAUUUCAGUUGCAUAAGUGACUUGAUUCAAGUGACCGGCGACUGUGAUUUUUCAGAUGGGAAUCUGAGAUUUUACGAUGAGUCGACCCCGAAUUCAACACAGACCGAUCUGGAUGAUCUCCUGACGAGCCUUCUGACGGAAUCUGAGAUUCCCAACACGUUUUCUGUUCCGGAGACGAUUAAUAGCUUGGAUGGAGAUCCAGGGAAAAUGGGUGGCUCAACGUCUCUGUAUUCAGGGCCGACUAUUACAGACAUACAGUCUGCUUUGUCGACUUAUCAUAAAAAGGCGCAAUCUUUACCCACCUCCUCAAUCUUUGAUUCGCGCACCAUUUUCGAUUCGUUGCAGAGUACAAAGCCGGCUGCGUCUCAGAACUGGCUGGACUCACUUUCCCACGGAUCUUACCGCAGCUUCUUUUCGAGUUCAAUAAACGAUCUGUUCUAUGGAAGAUUACGCCGGGGGAAAAGCGAGGCGAAGUAUUCACUCAAGGUUAAAUGCCCUGGGAACGCCACAGGUGAUGGGUAUAAAUGGAGAAAGUAUGGUCAGAAGUCGAUUAAGAAUAGCCCAUACCCCAGGAGCUACUACAGAUGCACAAAUCCAAAGUGCAGAGCGAAGAAACAGGUGGAGAGGUGUGUUGAUGAUCCCGAAACAGUCACCAUCACUUAUGAAGGCCUCCAUCUUCAUUUUUCUUACCCACCAUUGCAAACUAGUCAAGAGCCCAUCUAUUCUCUUAAUCAGCAAGACAAUAACAUUUAUGAGAAGGUGAAAAACAAGAAAGCUGCUGUUCUAGACAAUGGGUAUAAUGGCUGCUUUAACAAUGAAGGUGGUGAUCUAAUGCAGUCAUCUGAAUCCCCCACCAUUGUUGCUGCCCAUCAACUUCUUAUAGAACAAAAUGAUAAGUCAUCUGAAUCUCUGAGAUCUAGGGGAGAAAAUAGUGAUAUAAUGGAUGGAAAUAGUAUGAAUUUUGGAGUUGUUGAAGAAGAAGGUGGUGGGUGGCGUAGGGAUGGUCUGCUUCAGGAUAUUGUUCCAUUUCAAGUAAUAAAUCCAUCAUCUUCUCUAUCUUCUCCGGCCUCUUCUUUAUCUUCUUCUCCAUAAAGCAGAAACUAGUUCAAACACUUCAGUCCAAAGGUGUAUAUAAAAAGUUUUUGUGGUUUAGUUGAGCUCUCCAAGAGACUGCACUUCUAGUUUAAAACCACACUUAUUUGUUGAAUUAUUGUAGCAAAUAAUAAAAUGGUUUGGUUUUGAAGAGGAGCAUGUAUUUAUUCUCUGGUUAAUUAAGAGGACUCCAUUAAUGGUGUCUAGAUAACUGCUCCAAACAUGUU